AUGGAGCAAGCAGUCAAAUUGAUAGUCCAAUUCACGCGCAAUAGCUCGAUUCAACUCUCUAUAAUUACAACCUCACAACUCACUGCUUCGCCGCCGGUAUUUACUCCCUCCGGUCAACUACUUUUUCUGAUCCUCUCUCUCUCUCUGCAUCUUCUAUAUUCAGAUUCAGAAAUAAGUGCAUACUUAGGCAAAAAUGGGUUUGAAGAGACUCCUGCAAGACUGGCGGAUCGGAUUCUUACCCGGUCUAGUGUCGAGGCAGAGCUAGAAGUGAAGGCGCGGAGCGAAAAUGAGAUGAAGAGGACGCUUUCGUGGUGGGACUUGAUCUGGUUUGGCAUGGGUGCCGUCAUCGGUGCAGGAAUAUUCGUGCUUACCGGCCGUGAGGCGCGUCAGGGAGCUGGUCCUGCUGUGGUUCUCUCUUACGCAGUCUCAGGGCUAUCGGCCUUGCUCUCAGUUUUCUGCUACACCGAGUUUGCUGUGGAGAUCCCUGUCGCAGGGGGUUCAUUUGCCUACUUGAGGGUGGAGCUAGGCGACUUCGUGGCCUUUAUAGCUGCAGGAAACAUCCUUCUUGAGUACGUCAUUGGUGGUGCUGCAGUGGCUCGUACGUGGACAUCCUACUUUGCAACUCUUUGCAACCAUACGUCAGAUGAAUUUCGCAUCACAGUUCAUCAACUAGCCAAAGGAUAUAACCAACUUGACCCCAUAGCUGUUGGUAUAUUAGCAAUCAUUUGUGCAAUUGCAGUUCUAAGCACAAAAGGCUCUUCUCGACUUAACUACAUUGCCUCAAUAGUCCAUAUGCUCGUCAUUCUCUUCAUCAUCAUUUGUGGGCUCAUUAAAGCAGACACUAAGAAUUACACUCCUUUCACGCCAUUUGGUCCUCGCGGUAUCUUCAAAGCUUCUGCAGUCUUGUUCUUUUCUUAUGUUGGUUUUGAUGCUGUUUCAACUAUGGCUGAGGAAACCAAAAAUCCGGCCAAAGACAUUCCCAUCGGCCUUGUGGGAUCGAUGGUGAUCACCACAACUAUCUACUGCUUGAUGGCAGUAACUCUAUGCCUGAUGCAACCGUACCAAACAAUUGAUCCUGAUGCACCAUUUUCUAGGGCGUUUGAAAUUGUAGGCUGGGGAUGGGCUCAGUACAUAGUGGCUGCAGGUGCAUUGAAGGGAAUGACGUCUGUUUUGCUCGUCAGCGCAGUAGGCCAAGCACGUUACUUGACACACAUUGCACGUACUCAUAUGAUGCCUCCAUGGUUCGCCAAAGUAAAUACAAAAACAGGAACACCAAUCAAUGCCACCAUUGUUAUGCUAGCUGCUACCGCAGUUAUUGCCUUCUUCACAGACCUUGGCAUUUUAUCCAACCUUCUCUCAAUCUCAACACUCAUUAUUUUUAUGCUAGUGGCUGUUGCUCUACUCGUUCGUCGGUACUAUGUCAGUGGAGAGACAACAAUCGAAAACCGGAACAAACUAAUUGUGUUCCUUCUUCUUAUCAUUGGAUCAUCGAUUGCUAUUGCUGCUUACUGGGGAAUUAGUGAAAGUGGUUGGAUUGCAUAUUGCAUAAUUGCCCCCAUUUGGUUUUUAUCCACACUUGGACUUUCUAUUUUCGUCCCACAAGCUCGUAAACCUAAGCUGUGGGGCAUUCCAUUGGUUCCUUGGUUGCCAUCGUCAUCAAUUGCCAUUAACAUCUUCCUUCUUGGGUCCAUAGACAAGGAUUCAUUCAUAAGGUUCGCCAUAUGGAGUGGUUUCCUAUUGGUGUACUAUUUCUUCUUUGGACUGCAUGCAUCAUAUGACACUGCCAAGGAAUUUGAAGGAAAGGCAAUACAGGAAAGGAGAUUGAGGAUUGUUGAAGAGGGACAAAUUCCAGCAACAAAAUCUGGCUUAUUACCAAAUGAUGGAAUUGAACCUAGUCUUUGA